AACGGUGCCUGGUCAUCUGACACCGCUUCCCUUACUGGUGACAUGUUAAACUCAACUAAAACUGGGCUUUUAGGAGCGGGAAUAACUUCGUCACGAUUGUAAACAAACACACCGACUCCACCGCGUGCUCAGAGUGGUGCGCGCUGCUCGGUGUCCCGGAUGAUGCUCGCACCGGAAGAGAAGGGGCAGCUCGCUCAGCCAUCUUGUGGCAGCAUCCAGCGAUUCGGUCGCAUCAAGCCUCGUAGAAUCGGAGGUGAAUCCCGUUGAAGGGGCGCCAUCAUGCCCGGACACUUGCAAGAAGGCUUCGGCUGCGUCGUAACCAACAGGUUCGACCAGCUAUUGGACGACGAGUCCGACCCGUUCGAGAUCCUGAAGGCCGCUGAAAACAAGAAGAAGGAGGGGGCCGCCGCUGGGUCCACGAAAACCGCGGCUCAAGCCGCCAAGCAGCCGAAGAAGGAGUCCCAGAAGGACAGGAAAAACCCGCUGCUGGACAAAAAGGAAGAGUCUCAGGCGCCGGUUCCUCUAAAAAAGGAAGGAAUCAGGCGGGUGGGCAGAAGACCAGACCAGCAGGGUCAGUCUGGAUCCCAGCAUCAAGGUGGGCAGGGUGAAGGACGACCUGCGGACAAGAGGUCGGACCGGAGACCUCCUCGUGAGCGGCGCUUCGAGAAGCCUGCCGAGGACAAGCCAGAGGGAGGCACAGACCUCCCUGUAGACAAGCCUUCUGGGGACAGGCCUCCGAGGGGACGUGGUGGCAGCCGGGGUGGGCGAGGUGGCAGAGGACGUGGCAUGAGCCACGGCGAGGGCUUCGACUCACGUGGGAAACGGGAUUUCGACAGACAUAGCACCAAUGACAAAUCUUCAAAAAGUGAGGAGAAGCGCGGUGGUACUGGCUCGCACAACUGGGGCAACAUGAAGGAAGAAGUGAGCGAGGCUGAACAGACUGCUGCUCCUGAGGCGACCCCAGAGGGAGAGGAAAACACACCUGCCGGUUCUGAGAACAAAGAGAAUGAAGUUGAAGAAGUGAAACAGGAAGGCCCCAGAGAGAUGACGCUGGACGAGUGGAAGGCCAUGCAGGACAAGGAGCGCACCAAGGUGGAGUUUAACAUCCGCAAGCCCAACGAGGGAGCUGACAGCCAGUGGAAGAAAGGAUAUGUGCUGCACAAGUCUAAGAGUGAAGAUAGGCCUGUUGGUGCUUUGAUUGAUGCGCCAGAAACAGAAGCAGAAUCUAAUGCUCUUUACCACAAGUCUGUUUUUCUCCAGCAGGGCGUUGCUGAUGAGUCCUCUGACCACCAUUUCCGCAAACCAGCCAACGACAUCACAUCCCAGCUGGAGAUCAACUUCGGAGACCUUGGCCGUCCUGGACGCGGGCGUGGCGGCCCUCGUGGAGGCAGGGGAGGCCGCGGCGGGGGAGGCAGCCGGACGGCACGCGGGGGAGGACGUUCUGAAAAGGCGAGCGGAGUGUCAGUCCCCAACGUGGAUGAUCCCGAGGCUUUCCCAGCCCUAGCCUGAGGACCCCGUCUUUGACCACCAGCCCACCCAUCUGCCCUUCCGGGCCCCUCCUCUACGAGGCUUGCAUGCUUACCACAUCUUCAAGUAUAUAAGAAAAAAAAAAAAAAACAAACAGAGAAAAAAAAAAGGCAAGACUGUCAUCCCAUACAACUCACAACACCAGAGGAUUUUAAAUCGGUUUUAAAGAAGAAAAGACAAAAAAAAAAAAAAAAACAGAUGGAAAAAGGACCUCUUGUUACACUGAAGUUUUGUAUUUAGGAACAUGGAAGCAGGGAUGUCUUCAGAUUUUUUUUUCUUGUUUUUUUUUUCCAGAGAUUGUGCAUACUUCAUUGAUAUUUUUGUGCUGUUUGAGUUCCUGCGUUUCUGCAGUUUGGUUGAAGUGUGUACUUCAACCAAACCCCCCGCCUCCCCCCCUACCACCACUUAUCGAGUUCAGCACAGUAUUAGGUCAUUUCUAGAAGAGACUUUCUACUGGAGUCCCCUCCCCCAUCCCUCCUCCAGUAAUACACACUGAUGUGGUAGUGCUACACUACAUAAGAAAUGUGUGCUAGAUGUUUGAAGUACAGCAUAACUUAGAUUUAAAGUGUAGUUAGUCGGCUCCUGACUACUUAUCGCUUUGCAAGGCACAAAUCCAAGAUGGGGAACCAGCAAAGUGACUUCAUACAAAAGCUUGGUAUUUUUCUGCUUGUUGUGCAGUGAAAGUCAAUGCCUCUUUUCCUCUUCUUCUUUUUAAUAGUGGACCAGUGGUUAGUAAUGUUUGUACCCCCUGAUCCAGAUGUGCUACCUGUUUUCAGGGCCCAGUGUAUUUUAAGGCUGGUCCUCCUAGGUCAUACAGACUGUACAAAUUGUACCUUCAGGACCACUAAGCAAAAGUUUUUUGUUUUUUUUUAAGUGACAUGUGUGUGUGUGUGUGUCUAAGUGUGAGGUUGAAUGCGUGGAUUUUGACAGCUAUUUGCUUAGAAUUGAAGUAUUCCUCUGCUUUGAACUCACCAUUCUCAGAAGACUGCAAGUUGUCGCCUGAAGUAGUGAGAAGUGAUUGUUAAAAUGUAGACGAUAGACGGAACAUGGACAUAUCUCGCUCCCACAGUACCUGUACUGUUUUCUUUCAGAGCUCAAAGCACUUGGUUUUUAUCACCAACUGUCCUCUGGGGUUUAUUUUUUUGCAGAUAAAAACCUCAUUUUGUUUUUCUUUAUUAACCAGUGCAGACUCAUCGUUGCGUUAACUGUGUUAAGAAAUGUCAGCUGUCAUUGUGGAACAAUCAUCGGGCCACAGAAUGUAAUGUAAGCUAAUGGUGCUUUCAGCCACCUGUGUCAGCAUUAACAGUGAGCUUUUCCUUUUAAUGAAACUUUAAACUAGGUUCGAGGGCAGGGGGUUGCAUUGGAAACAUGGAGGGCAAUGAAAGCUUUAAACGUGCUCCGCGAAGGCUCGCUGGCGAUGCGCCGAUACAGACGGCUGGAGCAGAUUUCUCGUUGGACUGUUUUAGCCACAUGACUGAAAGUUUCUCUAUAAACAUCCCUGUUCUAAUAAACUGCUCUAGAGGUGUAA